CGCUGUGGCAAAGCAGUGUCGAUAAGAGAGAGAGCGAGAGAGAUUGAUGGAGAGAGCGGGAGAGUGAACAGCUCUAUGUAAACAGGGUGUCAGAAAAGAAAGUGCAGGGACAUUUUCAGCCUGCUAAGGCUGGGAAAAUAAUCACAUAGGAUCUGCAAAGCAACACUCACUAGGGCAGAGAGAGAAAAAGAGAGAAGAGAGAGAGAGGGACGGAACUGAACAGAGAGAGUCGGUGACAGUGAGAGAGACAGAGAGCGAGAGAGAGACAGAGAGAGAGGAAGCUAUAUAGCAACAGAGCAAAGGAGAAGAACUAAGCAAAAGGGAGAGAGAGGAAAAAAGCUUAAUUAAUUCAGGCUGAAUGGGAGGGAGGGAUGUUGCUACCUCUGCCAGGGCUCCAGUGCCUUUGCUGUGCCUCUCUGUGUAGCUGGAGCUGUGUUGUGUAGCUGUGGCUCUGCUCUUUGUAGCUGUAGCUGCCGGUUUGUGUUGUGAGGGGCUCGCUGCUCUGCUCACGGGGGAAGGGAGAGCACGGACUGCCUAUCAACCCAUACUGAAGGAAGGAACACACACACAGACAGCAAAACUACUGGGAUGGGCAGAGGUCAUUAUAGGUCAUUGGUGCAGCAGACCUGCUAAGGGACCCUGUGUGGACUGACUGUGGGCUGUGGACAUAUCACUUCCUACCAGAGAUGAGGGGAACAGCUUGAGUCUGACGUCAGAGAGCGGGAAAGACCUAGAGACCUGCCUCUAGCUGGACCUCCAUAUCACAUACUGCCCGUCCUUAUCCCCCUUCCCCCACCCCACCAUCUCUGGCAUCUGUUUCUACCACCACCUCCACUCACUGGGAAGGAUUUGGGAUGACAGUUAACCUCCUCAGCUCUACCUCACUCCUCUUCACCACCCAGGGAUAACCAGCACUAGAACCUCUGUACCCUGAGAGGCACACUACCAUCCUCCCUCACCUCCCCCAGCUGGCAUCAUGAUGGGAGAUGGAGUUGGGAACUGGGAGUGUUUGAGUCCGUCUGAGUUUGGACAGCUGCAGCAGUACAGCGAGUAUUCCUCCAAGAAGCUCAAGGAUGUUCUGGAGGAGUUUCACGGUGAAGGAGUCCUCUCCAAGUACAAUCCCGAGCAGCCCAUAGACUAUGAGGGUUUCCAGCUCUUCAUGACCACAUACCUGGAGAACGACAUCCCUGAGGAGCUGUGUCAGCACCUGUUCACCUCCUUCAAGAGCAAGACAGGGGGCUGCUCUCCUGAGGUGCCCCGCGCUGGAGCAGGACUGCUGGAGCCACGUUCCAUUGAUGCAGGCAUCUCUAUACAGACUGAAGUGGCCUGUGCCCCCAUAACAGGAAUGAAUGGGAAGAGCAUCCUGACAGCAAUGGGCCGGCACACACCAGAGCAUUCCAUUGUGAUGGCCACAUGUUCAGGUGCCGUGUCUACCUCUCCCUGCUCCUCCCGUUCCUCCUCACAGCACUCUGGGACAGGGGCCCACACACCCGGGGGUUCCUACCACUCACCUGCCUGCACCCAAGCCAAACUCUCCACAUGUAGCAGUAGUAAUGCUCUGACCCCCACCCCAGCCAAGUCCCCAGCCUCCCCUCGCCUCUCCCCAGAGAGGAUCAGAGCGGAGAAGAGGAGGAGUCCAUCACCCCAGAAGGGCUCCCCUUUACUCUCCCCCCAGGUGGUGUUUCUGAAGGACAUUGUGUGUUACCUGUCCCUGCUGGAGAGGGGCACACCAGAGGACAAGUUGGAAUUCAUGUUCCGGCUGUACGACACAGAUGGCAAUGGAGUACUGGACAGCUCGGAACUGGACCGCAUCAUCAAUCAGAUGGUCCACGUGGCAGAGUACCUGGAAUGGGACUCUACAGAGCUGCGACCAAUCCUGAAGGAGAUGAUGGAAGAGAUAGACUAUGACCGGGACGGAACAGUCACCCUGGAGGAGUGGAUCAGGGGAGGCCUCACCACCAUCCCUCUGCUGGUCCUGCUGGGCAUGGAGACGAAUGUGCAGGAGGAUGGGCAGCAUGUGUGGAAAUUAAAGCACUUCAACAAGCCAGCCUACUGUAACUACUGCCACACCAUGCUGCUGGGAGUCCGCAAGCAGGGCCUCUGCUGCUCUAUAUGCAAGUACACAGUCCAUGAACGCUGUGUGUCCAAAGACAUCGCUGCCUGCAUCAGCACCUACGCCAAGUCCCGCAGACACACUAAUGCUAUGCAGCACGUGUGGAUGGAGGGAAACUCUCCCACUAAGUGCGACCGCUGUCACAGAAGUAUCAAGUGCUACCAGGGCUUAACGGGCCUACACUGUGUGUGGUGUCAGAUCACUCUCCAUAAUAAGUGUGCGUCCAACAUGAAACCAGAGUGUGAUGGAGGAGCCCUUAGAGACCACACUCUACUCCCAUCCUACAUCUGCCCUGUAGUCCUGGACCGUCAUUCUGUUUUGAAGCGGGGUGAAGGGGACUCCCCGCCCAGCACCAGCCCUGACGACCCGAAUCAAAGCUUCAAAUUCACAGGAGACGGACAAGCACUGCAGAUCACUCCUCUCCCAGGCACACAUCCCCUCCUGGUCCUGGUCAACCCAAAGAGUGGCGGGAGACAAGGGGAGCGGGUAUUGAGAAAGUUCCAGUACCUGCUGAACCCCAGACAGGUGUACAGUCUAGACCGAGAGGGACCCAUGGUGGGGCUCAACUUCUUCCAUGAUGUCCCUGAUUUCCGGGUGCUGGCAUGUGGAGGGGAUGGGACAGUGGGAUGGAUCUUAGACUGUAUUGACAAGGCCAACUUCACCAGAGAUCCCCCUGUGGCCAUCCUCCCUCUGGGCACAGGGAACGACCUGGCAAGAUGCCUACGCUGGGGCGGAGGUUAUGAAGGAGGCAGUCUUCUGAAGUUCCUGCGGGACAUAGAGCACAGCACAGAGAUGGUUCUGGACCGAUGGAACAUCGACAUUGUCCCUGUUGACAAGGAGGAGAAGGGAGACCCUGUCCCCAACAGCAUCGUCAACAACUACUUCUCCAUCGGAGUGGAUGCGUCCAUCGCUCAUCGCUUCCACUUGAUGAGAGAGAAGCACCCAGAGAAAUUCAACAGCAGAAUGAAGAACAAGUUGUGGUACUUUGAGUUUGGCACCACAGAGACCAUCUCCGCCACUUGCAAGAAACUCAACGAGUGUAUCGAAGUGGAGUGUGAUGGUAUCAUCCUGGACCUCAGCAGCACGUCGUUGGAAGGCAUCGCCGUCCUCAACAUACCCAGCAUGCAUGGCGGCUCCAACCUGUGGGGCGAGACCAAGAAGAGGAGGAACUACAGCCGCAUGAGCAAGAAGGUUCCAGACAGGAUGCCCACCAGUACCGUCACCGAUAUAAAGGAACUCAAAUUCUGUGUUCAGGACCUGAGCGACCAGUUGCUAGAGGUGGUGGGUCUGGAGGGCGCCAUGGAGAUGGGGAAGAUCUACUCAGGCCUGAAGAGUGCUGGCCGCAGACUGGCCCAAUGUGCUAACGUCACCAUCAGGACAUCCCGGCUGCUGCCCAUGCAGAUUGAUGGGGAGCCUUGGAUGCAGCCCCCAUGCACGAUCAAGAUUACACAUAAGAACCAGGUUCCCAUGCUACUGGGCCCUCCUCAGAAGACCCCCUUCUUGUUCUUCAAGAGACGCAACAGAAGUCGGGACUAUGAGUGAGGAGGACACUUCAAACUCCCCCCUCUUCACAAACACAUUCACCAACCCCUCGGGACAACUCAAUAGGUCCCACAGACCAAGGCAUUGCCCCUUGGACCUACAGUACCACUUCAGAAUGAACUGACUUCCUCUCAGUGUAAUGACCACUUCCUGUGUAUCCAUGUUCUAGCUUCUAGAACUUCCUGUGAACUCUGAACUCUGACCCUGCCACUGGCACACUAGCUCAGUCAACCUCAGCUCCAGACUCAGCUUCAGCCCCAGACCCAUCAGUAAUGCCACACUGCCUUGGCAAAACACAGUGCCAGCAGCAUAUAGGUUCAUCUAGGAUACUGCUUUGGUUCUCAAAUGGAGGGAUAGAGAGAUGGAGUGAUAAGGAAACACAUAAAGAGAGAGAGAGAGAGACAGAGAAACAGCGGAAGGGGAAUGGGAAGAGAAGAGUAGAAGAAAAGAAAGAGUGCAAAAGAGCGAGAGCAAGGGAUGGGAUGAUUGACAUACAGCAGAUGAAAGUAGUAUGGCUGUGUUGUGUGCGUGCGUGUGUGUGCGUGCGUGUGUGUGUGCAUGUGUGCGUAUGUGCGUGCGUGUGUGCAAGUUCUCCUCUCUCUUUGAGGAGCCUGUUGAAUAAUGGAUGAGAGCUUGUAGAGUAUUCACUCCAGUGUCUCUCCAUGGCACAGAACACUGUACUGCCUGAGAGAUGAAACGGAAAGAGAUCAUCUAUUAUUGACUGCUUCAUUUACGCUUGACGGUGGCAGCAGGGCAAAACACACAGUAACAAUGGCCUGGGAAGCAUGGGAAACUCAAACUAACAUGCAGGGAUUUUUGCCCCCCAGCAUAUUUGCUCACAACAACCAUCUUUAGCCUAGUUUUGUAGAAUAUCAAUAGCUGAUCUGGUGUCAGGUCAAACAGAUGGCAAGGACUGGAGGUUUGUCUGUUUAUCUUCAUGUGGCUUAUUCACAUACUGUAGACAGGUCACCCACCAUCUUAGUAAGUGUAUAAACCCCUCUGAGACUCAGUCACACAGGUCCUCAACUUAGACUGUUUUUUAUUGUUAUCCUCCAAAUGGCAAGGCCAUUGGUCCUUCGAGCCAGAUCAGUGGAACAGAGCCCAGUGUACAGGGGAGACCAAAAGAGUUUGGAGAGAGAUGUGGACCUUACUUAUAUGUAUCACUGUAGCGACGUGAGAUGAGAGCGGAGUCCCAUGUCCCCCUCAGAAGUGCUGAGUAGGAUCAGCCAUAGGUUUAAGAAAGAAGCCCAGUGUAGAGAAGACCAAAGGAGUUUGGGGUGAGGAGUGAGGAGUGGACUAGAUAUAUAUCACUAGAGAAUGUGAGAUAAGUCUGUUGCCCAAUCAGAAGAGCCCAGUAGGACCUCUGUAAGAGCAGAGUUCAGUGUAGAGGGAGAGGAGACUGAAGGAGGGUAGGUCCUUACUGUAAUGUUACAUGUAUCACCGUAGAGAUGAGAGAAGUCCCGAUCAGAAGUGCCCACUAGGAUAGCUUUAGGUUGAAUAAGCAGUAGUAUCUGCUGCCUAGUAGGAUAUCUAUAGGUUGAAUCAACAAGCCUCAUCCAUAGGUUGAAUCAACAAGCCUCAUCCAGCUACAUAUGUCCCAGAAGACUUUUAGAGAUUGAAAUGGAUUCAGCUAGCUAGUGCUGGUAUAUAACAGCCUGCCCUGACUGCCCCAGGCCUUAGGGGUCUGAUUUACCAUAGCGUGGACAGGAACUAAAUUUAACCUGCUAUUUCGGGAGGAUCUAUCCUGUGAAACACUAUUCCUAAUUACAGUGUAAAAACAUUAGCUCGCAAUGUGAAGUGUCCAAGAGUGCAAAACUAGGAGGCCAGGGAUGAGGGCUCGCUGGCUGUAAAAUGGUGGGUGUUAUUCAAAUCAUGUUUGUUACUGGAUGGCACCAUUGAAGCAACAGGAAGAUAUGUUAUCAAUUGAAAUGGGCUGAACUGAAAAUCACACAUAGGAGUCAAACCUAACAGCAAAAGCUGAACUGGCAAGACACCCGUGUGGCAGAAUGUGGUAUCCAUCUACUAAGAUAUACCACUACCCGUAUGAAAAUAUUACUGUCCCAACUAUAGUGGCCAACUAUAUAUGUGCAGAUACAGUAUUUGUAUAUUCUGGAAGAUGUGUAUUACACAUACAUUUUUAUUUUAUUUUAUUGAACCUUUAUUUAACUAGGCAAGUCAGUUAAGAACAAAUUCUUAUUUACAAUGACGGCCUAGGAACAGUGGGUUAACUGCCUUGUUCAAGGGCAGAAUGACAGAUUUAGUUUUUGUGUUUUUAAGAAUAUAUUAUAAUAUAUUAUUAGUGUAGAGCUUUGAGGCAUCCCACUGGGCAAACACUGAUUGAAUCAAUGUUGUUUCCAUAUCUGUUCCACGUUGAACCAACGUAGAAUAGACAUCGAAUUGACAUCUGUGCCCAGUGGGAUAGUUUAGAAGAGUACAUACAGAUCAGUGUUCUUCAGUGGGUCACUUGAAUAACUGUCUGGGGCUGGUUCACAACACAUUCCCUUUGGUGUCGAGCACCCUCAUACCCUAGGAUGUAGGGGUUAGGGUGCAGGGCCCAGGGGGGUGAGGGCAGUGAGCCUCCAUGGUACACUGAGUGUUUGUCCCAAAUGGCACCCUAUUCACUUUUGGUACCAUUAGGACUCACCAGAGCACCACUCAUGGGGCGAGGCUUUGAUGUCUUCGCCCCGAGUUCCCUUUAAAACCACACUGAGCCGAGACUCUCGUGUCCAGGCCCCACUAAACAGAGACACAUGUCCAAUGACCAUGGGGUAGAGGCAAAACAGUGGUUUAGUCCCAAGGCACCCUAAUCCUAAAUAGUUUACUGCUUUUGACCAAAAUCCUAUCAAAAGUAGUGCACUAUAUAGGGAAUAGGGUGCCAUUUGGGAGACAGACUUUAUCUCUGUGGACCACAGGGUCUGUCUGACCCUGCAACACCUCUAACCAGUACGUAUGGGAAACAUUUCAAUGACCACAUCACCUCUACAAUCCUAACAUAGCAUCAUUGGUCGACGGUCAUUGGACACAUUUUUUGUGUGUAGUGCUUACGGAGCCUGGAUCGAGGCGACUCAGUAAAAAGUGUGCAUGUUUACAGUUUACUUUUCAUUAAUGGGAAAAGGAUGAUUUUAAAUUGAAACCGUUUUAAUUGUGUGUAAAUAGAUACUUGAUUAUAUAUUUUAUCUCACCACCGCAUGCCUGCUGAAACAAAGGAGACAGAAAGAAAUGUCUGUCUGCUUGAGGAGAGACCACGCUGAUUGUUGCAACCCUCUCCCUCAAGCUAGGACCUGUCCUGCUGUCGGGUGAUAUUAGCUAUUCAACCCCCUCAACCAAUCAUUUGCUUAAAAACCCAUGAUCUUGUGUAUUUACUUUGUCUUUCCCUGUUGGUAGCUAGCAUAGCAUGUUGAUACUUCUGUGCAAGAAAAGGACAGUGAUGGUUUGUCUUGGUCAAAUAGAGAGACUUUCCAGGAGAAAUGUACACCAUUGCCAAGCGGCCAUUUUGUGUUUCAUCAUCAGGAGAUGGAAGAGAGACACCGACACGACAACACAACCACAGAACUUAAUCCUAUCAGACGCUAUAUCAAUCUUCAAUGUUUGUGUCAUUCACCAGUUACCACUCAUCUCCAAUUCCGGUCAUCAGAAAUGACCAAUAGCCUUAACCAACAAACAAACAAAAGGAGCGGCUUUCUCUUGCUUUCUCUGCCUGGACACAACAACAGCACAAUUGCAAUACAAGCCACCGACUUAGAAGGAGUAAAAAAAUAUAUAGAAACAAGUCAAAGAAUGAUGGUGACUAUCUCCUCUUACUCUGUGUUGCAAUAACUCACUGCCAUCACCAACUACCCGCCUGGUCUGUACCAUCACUGCCUAUGGUGUUGGUCCACUUCCACUUCCAACUACAUCCACUUCUAAGAGGAUUUGGUUUAGCCCAGGUUGUCAACGACGUCUGUAGAAUGUGGCCUAGGAGGGCCGGUGUGAAAACAUCUGUUUUCUUGUUGACAGAGUGUCCCUUGGCGGGUCCUGGAAAAGGCUGCCGUUUGGGACGACACCAGUAAGUUGUCCACCGUGAUGCAGCAGGGAUUUCUAUGUACUGCACCACAUCCACUGUUAUAAACAUAGCCAUAGUGUGUGGCCGUGGCCACUGUCUUUGUUGAUGUACAUGAUGUGAUGUGACUUGUUGAAACCACGCUGCCUCUGAGGUAACCUAAUGUAGGAGGUGUAAAAGAUCCCCUACAUACUGGUCUUGACAAGAAGAAGAAAAAACUGUCAGGGGAGGUUCUCUUCUGCACUGUUCAACCAAUCCAGUUAAGAUGGAGUGUCACCUUGCUAAUGUCCAAAAGCGGAAAUCGAGUCACAGGUUGUCUUUUAAUUUCCACUGAAAACCGGAACAUCCGGUUGUUGGGAACUCGGCAGAGGCUACCUCUUAGGUGACCUAGAGGAGGGAGUUUGAGUGGUGGUUAAAGGGGGUGUUUGUGGUGGUGUUUGUGGUAUAUCAAAUAAACCAAUUAUGAUGAUAGUGUACACAGUCUAUUACAAUUAGGAUUGUGUAGUUAAUAUCUAAUAUCACUAAUAUCUACAUUCUUCCACUGAAUUGAGACAACCGGGCACAAAAAAGUCUCCCAUAUCCACGCAAGCAUACCAUUUAGAAUAUGGCCAAUACGUUGCUGCAUUUGAAGUAGUAUUUCAGUUGGGAUUAUUGGAAUGGAGCCAAAGACAGUCUUCGUCACCAUCCUCCCCAUGUGUAACUAUUAUCCCCUUGUCUCCACUGUCGCUCCCGCUUCCGGCCUUGUUUUAUUUCCACCGUCAGAGACUCACAUAGGCAGUGAGGUUUAUCGUACUGUCACUGUCGUUGGUGCAAUCCUAUUCUUAGGCAUGGGCAGAUUAACUAACAGUAUUGAGUGACACUAGUGGCCAGGACACAUGCAGUAGAUCCAUGCAUACAGUCCAUUUCAUUCCUGAGUGUGAUGUUCUACAUGUAUGCAUAAACCCAUAGGCCUGUUGUGUUUACCAUAGAAAUAUCAUUAAUAGAAAGGGCUUAGAACAUUUGACAAUAGCAAUUUGACUGCUAAAUUCAUGGGUACACUCAAAAUGGCUGCCAAUCCUCCCAUUAUUGCAUAAUUGACUUGAAUGGGGAGGCCCGUUCUACUUAUUCUAGUUCUGUGGUGUUUACCCCCUCAGGGUCAGUGUGGUAUGUAGCUAUCCAUACGCCUGUAGCACCCAAUGAGGAUCAAGGGCAGACAGUGACAGUAGCCCCCCCCCCCCACCCACUCCCUCUCUGUGAUUGGACAAAAAGAGGACUGUGAAUCAAUAUUCUCAUCUUGUGCCCUAGCUGUGUCUACUGUCUGUCAUUCUUCCUCGCCGGUAUGUUUGUUAGCUGUAUGUUGGCAUCCUCCAUUUUGAUGGACAAAAGAUUUAUCAAAUAAACUGAGGUUGAAUAUGCUA